AUGCGCAAAUUCGCCAGCACUCAAGGAUUAACGAUGACAAGAGAGGACACGUGGAAAGCGAACUAUAAUCGUACCGUUUACAUGUACACGGAAGGCGGUCUGCGGACCACUUAUUCAGGAAACAUUGACGUCCUAUCCGUCAGGGGCUCCGGUCACUUCGUGCCAAAGUCGAGACCAGCUCAAGCACUCCAAAUACUGCGAGAACUUCGUGAAUGGAUUAUAGCUACGAUAACUGUCUACAUGAUGGUGAACCUUGGCGCUGCACCACUGCUGCCCAACUACAGCUAUUUGAAUCCUUCUACCCCAAGAAGGGACGCCGAUAGGAUUAUCGAGCUACCCGGACUCUCAUAUGAACCCAAUUUCCAACAAUACUCUGGAUUUCUUCGCGGCUCAGACAAGCACCGUCUUCACUACUGGUUUGUUCAGCGUGCAACCGAUAGCCCAGACACUCCACUUCUACUCUGGCUGAACGGAGGACCAGGAAGCAGCUCUGUAUGGGGAAUGCUGACUGAGAACGGGCCCUUCCGACCGAAUCGUGACGGCAAAACUCUUUACGAGAAUCCUUACUCGUGGAAUAGGUUCGCUCACGUGCUAUAUUUGGAAUCACCUCAUAAUGUUGGCUACUCUUAUUCUACGGAGCCGAAUGACAACGCUUAUACCGACGAUCAGACGGCUGAUGAGAACUACAAUGCUCUGAAGGACUUCUUUUCUAUGUUCCCUGAAUACAUGGCACGACCUUUCUUCGUCACUGGCGAAUCCUACGGUGGUGUUUAUCUCCCAACGCUUUCUCGACGACUGCUGAAUGGCGUGUACACACAGGAUCUGAAAAUAAAUUUCAAGGGAAUCGCUAUUGGAAAUGGUGAACUUACAACAAAGCAUCAAGUAAACUCAGUGAUAUUCCAGCUGUACACCUAUGGACUUGUCGGCCAAACGUGGGAGUGUGGAACACGUGAAGCCGAUUGA